UGUGUGUGUGUAACGGUGUGUGUGUGUGUGUGUGUAUAACGGUGUGUGUGUGUAACGGUGUGUGUGUGUGUGUUCCAGGCAGUCAAAGAGCGAUGUUCAAGCAGGCGAUGCGUCACUGGGAGAAACUGACCUGCGUGACCUUCAUGGAGAAGACUGAAGAGGAGAGUUACAUCGUUUUCACGUACCGACCCUGUGGCUGUUGCUCCUACGUGGGUCGUCGUGGUAACGGUCCUCAGGCGAUAUCGAUAGGGAAGAACUGUGAUAAGUUUGGCAUCGUGGUUCAUGAGUUGGGUCACGUAAUCGGGUUCUGGCAUGAACAUACCCGGCCCGACCGAGACGAUCACGUCACCAUCAUCAGAGACAACAUACAACCAGGUCAGGAGUAUAACUUCCUGAAGAUGGAACCAGGAGAGGUGAACUCACUGGGAGAGCCUUACGACUUCGACAGCAUCAUGCAUUACGCUAGGAACACCUUCUCACGAGGUAUGUUUCUAGACACCAUCCUCCCAUCUAGAGAUGAGAAUGGGAUCCGUCCUGCCAUUGGCCAGAGAACCAGACUCAGUAAAGGAGAUAUAACUCAGGCCAGGAAGCUCUACAGAUGCCCCGGUAGGUCUGUGUACUGUGUGUGAGUGAGUGUGUGUGUUUCUGUGUACUGUGUGUGAGUGAGUGUGUGUGAGUGAGUGGCUUACUGGCCUUUCUCAUCAGGGACUCUUCUUCUUCUGCUCUCUGAGGUGUCAGUCACAUAGCAGAAGAAAUGUGUUUCCUCCCUCCAGCCAGUCACAUAGCAGAAGAAAUGUGUUUCCUCCCUCCAGCCAGUCACAUAGCAGAAGAAAUGUGUUUCCUCCCUCCAGCCAGUCAGGUUCCACAGAGACGGUGAUGUGUUUCCUCCCUCCAGCCAGUCAGGUUCCACAGAGACGGUGAUGUCAUGUGUUCUUCCCUCUGAAUGUGUGUGUGAACUCAAAACAUGUUGGUUUUACUAUCCAAGUGGGGACCAAAACAUGUCUUCCCAUGUCUUCCCAUGUCUUCCCAUGUCUUCCCAUUCAAAGUUCUAUUUUCCCUAACCUAACCCUCUAACUAACCCUAACCCUUAACCCUUAACCCUUAACCCUUAA